CCCUAUCCGCGCGACGUAACGGCGGCUGAGGGCGCAGGCGGCUGCACCCGCCGGGCCAGUCGACUGUUCCGGAGGUUUAGCUCGGACCCUAGCCCUGGCUCUGGCCCCGCGACUCCUGCCAGAUAGAUCCUCAGGUUGAAGAAUAGCAUCUCUGAAAAGCAAGGUUGUCCGGGCUUGCCUGUGUGUUACAGAAUGUAGUUCAAACGAUGGGAGCUGCUCCCGGGGGGCUGAGCUGGUCAGCAUCCUCGACCGGCCGUCACUCCUGAAGUCAGAGAGGAGCCCUCGCCAGCCCCCCUACCCAUUGCCCCGUUUUGGGGUCGCCUCCAUCUGUCCGGUCCUCAGCCCUAGUGGCCACCCAGGUCGACAAAGGAUCAAGACAAUGAUACUGGUGUCAGUGCUGGGGACCGCCCCCCGGGGCGGGCCUCCACUCUGGCCCCUCCUGGGGCCCGCACUCUCCUUGCGGGCCAGCUCCACCUCAGUCACCGACACACACCACGUGGAGAUGGCGCGGGAGCGCUCCAAGACUGUCACCUCCUUUUACAACCAGUCUGCCAUCGACGUGGCAGCUGAGAAGCCCUCAGUCCGUCUUACUCCAACCAUGAUGCUUUAUUCCGGCCGGUCUCAGGAUGGCAGUCACCUUCUGAAAAGUGCCCGGUAUUUGCAGCAAGAGCUGCCAGUGAGAAUCGCUCACCGCAUCAAGGGCUUCCGCAGCCUGCCUUUCAUCAUUGGCUGCAACCCCACCAUCCUGCAAGUGCACGAGCUGUACAUCCGUGCCUUCCAGAAGCUGACAGACUUCCCUCCGAUCAAGGACCAGACGGAAGACGCCCAGUACUGCCAGCUGGUGCGACAGUUGCUGGAUGACCACAAGGAUGUGGUGACCCACUUGGCUGAGGGCCUGCGUGAGAGCCGAAAGCACAUAGAGGAUGAGAAGCUUGUCCGCUACUUCUUGGACAAGACGCUGACUUCACGGCUCGGGAUCCGCAUGUUGGCUACACAUCACCUGGCACUGCAUGAGGACAAGCCUGACUUUGUGGGCAUCAUCUGCACUCGCCUCUCACCAAAGAAGAUUAUUGAAAAGUGGGUGGACUUUGCCAGGCGUCUGUGUGAGCACAAGUAUGGCAAUGCCCCCCGCGUCCGCAUCAAUGGGCAUGUGGCUGCCCGUUUCCCUUUCAUCCCUAUGCCACUGGACUACAUCCUGCCCGAGCUGCUCAAGAAUGCCAUGAGAGCUACGAUGGAGAGUCACCUAGACACUCCCUACAAUGUCCCAGAUGUGGUCAUCACCAUCGCCAACAAUGAUAUCGAUCUCGUCAUCAGGAUUUCAGACCGGGGCGGGGGAAUCGCUCACAAAGACUUGGAUCGGGUCAUGGACUACCACUUCACUACGGCGGAGGCCAGCACCCAGGACCCCCGGAUCAGCCCCCUUUUUGGCCACCUGGACAUGCACAGUGGCAGCCAGUCAGGACCCAUGCAUGGCUUUGGCUUCGGGCUGCCCACAUCACGGGCCUACGCGGAGUACCUUGGUGGUUCCCUGCAGCUACAGUCCCUGCAGGGCAUUGGCACGGAUGUCUACUUGCGGCUCCGCCACAUCGAUGGCCGGGAGGAGAGCUUCCGCAUCUGACCCAAGUCCUUGGCCUGCUUGCCUGCCCAGCCUGGGCCACGUUCCCUGCCAAGACCUUCCAGGUUAGGCAGGGUCCCAACCUGUUCCACUUGCUGCUGCAUCUUGGGUCUUAGAUCCCUAGAUAGAUGGACUUAUGUGGAGCUGGGUACCCCCAUCCUCCCUGCCUCCAGGCCUUCGAAAGGGGAAAUGGGGACCCAUGAGGCCUCCAGCACCAGCUCCAUCAUUCUUGUUCCUGGGGGACCUCCCCCACUUGGACCUGCUGUUUAUUAUUAAAGUUCACAUUUUGAAUGCCCUCUUGGGCCCUGUGUGUGGGGAAGGCAGGUGAGCUUUUGCUUUUGCCCCUGUUCAGAGUCCUUGAUUCUUGAGUUUAAAUGGUUCAUGUCUCAGUCUCUCUGUCCCAGCAGCCCAGGAGUAAAAGUGGGUUCAAGUCUCUCGCACAUUUGAUUUGGUGGGAGUGAGAGUGACUUUGACAGCUUGUGCGAAGACCUUUUAUUUAGUACACGUUUAUGGAUCCCAGACAAUAUCGAAGGCCCAGGCUGGCCUAGCUCUAGGCCUCAGUUCUGACUCUUUCCUGCCAGUCACGAUUUCUGGAGGUGAAACUUACCAGACUGGGCAACUUUCUGAGCCACCUGAUUCCUGAGCCUGAGUAAGGUUAAAAAUACUGCCCGCCAGCUGUGUCUGCUGCCACCAAGGAAAGGAACACACAAGGUUGUUUUCUGGCAGGCCCCAGCAAGGACUGGGUGCCCUACCAGAGAAAGGUGGGGCUCUGGUAGGAGGCCAGGGUGUUGGGCAAAAGAAAAGGGCCCAAGACAGCAAGUAGGCUCAAGGUUAUGCUUGAAGCAGAACUUCCCAGGGGGGUCUCAGAUGGGAACCCCUUGCUCAUCUUGCCAGGAAAGGAGAAGAAAGGCCCUCUGGGCGUGUCUGGUGGGAUUAAGCAAACGUCUUACUCUGUCUCUGCCUUCACAUCUCUGAGCUCUGACAGCUAACUUCCUGAGGCUGGCUCUAGAUCUACCCCAUUUCCUACCCUUCAGGGUGAUGGCUGGUAGAGGAGACAGGAAAUUGUAUCUGGAGGUCAAAUGGCAGGUGGUGGGAAAUGAUUUGCUGGGCUGCAAAACUUCUGUCUGCAGGGCAGGGUGGUGAAGCUGGAGAAACAGGCAGCAGCCAGAGGGUGUAGGGCUUUGAAUGUGCAGCCUAGAAGCUUGGGUUUUGUUCUGAAGGCAGUGAGGAUCCAUGGACAGGUUUUAGGCUAAGAAGGGAUGUCUCUGGUUGGAUUCCCUAGAAGUAGACCCUGAGAGGACUUGUGUCCAAGUGAUCUGUUAAGAACAUGCUCCCAGGAAAGACCCAGAGGGAGUAGGGGAAGCAGGAGAGGGGAGGGGAGGAAGUCGAGCAGGGAUAAGAUCUCCGACAACAGUCCAGAGCCAGUAAGUUAUGCCUCAGAGUUGGAGGUAAGAGAACUAACUAAGCUCACCAGCACUGAUUCACUCUUCCACUUGACAAUCAUUCCUUAAUGGCUAUGCUGGGAAGUGGGAGUGGGUAUGUACUUAAAUUCCCAGGUUGAAAUCUUACCUUUUCAGCAUUUCCAGGCAAAACAGCUCUAUUAGCUCGAAGGCAACUCACCAAAGAGCCCCAGGUGCUGGCCUUAGAAAGUACAAGUCAAAGAGAAUUGAGGCACACAAAGAAAAGGGAUCCUGGGGAUCUGGGCAGAACACCUGCAUAGUCCUAGGAGGAACUAUCUGAUUUGCAUGUUAGAAGAAUCACUGGUGGCUGGUGGAUUGAAGAAUGAGGAGGCUGAUGCAGUGACCUUGGUCAGGGGUUUGUAAGGCCUAGGCUAAUCCUUAACUAGAAAGGAUAGCAUCGGUAACUGAAUGUGUCCAGUUAAGUCAAAAAUGAGGCACCAGUACCCUGGUUGGGUAAAAUAACAAUCUUGCAGAUAGGAGAGGGGUGGGGAGAGUCAAUAGAAUUUUAACUUUUUUCUUGCCUGUUUUUUGGUUCUUUUUUAUGCUGCCAGACACCUGGCAUUCAUCAGCCCCCAGAGUCCUCCAUUUCCCACGAGCCAAAUUAUCAGCACUUCCCACCGCCAUCCCCCACAGAUACCCAGCUGAUAUAUUUUUUUAAAUUGUUCUUUAAGUGAAAGUUUACAAAUCAAGUCAGUCUCUCAUACAAAAAUUUAUAUACACCUUGCUGUGUACUCCUAGUUCCUCUUCCCCUAAUCAGAUAGCACACUCCUUUUCUCCACCCUGUAUCCUCCAUGUCCAUUCGGCUAGCUUCUCUGCCUUCUCAUCUCCCCUCCAGAUAGAAGCUGCACGCAUAGUCUUGUGUCUACUUGAGCCAACAAGCUCACUCCUCACCAUUAUCAUUUUCUAUCCCAUAGUCCAGUCCAAUCCCUGUCUGAAGAGUUGGCUUUGGGAAUGGUUCCUGUCUGGGGCUAACAGAAGUUCUGGGGACCAUGACCUCCGGGGUCCUUCUAGUGUCAGACUCUUAAGUCUGACCUUUUUACAGGAAUUUGAGGUCUGCAUCCCACUGCUCUCUUGUUCCAUCAGGGAUUCUCUGUUGUGUUCCAUGUCAGGGAACUAAUUGGUUGUAGCCAGGCACCAUCUAGUUCUUCCAGUCUCAGGCUGAUGUAGUCUCUGGUUUAUGUGGCCCUUUCUGUCUCCUGGGCUCAUAUUUACCUUGUGUCUUGGUGUUCUUCAUUCUUCUUUGAUCCAGGUGUGUUGAGACCAAUUGAUGCAUCUUAGGUGGGCGCUUGCUAGCAUUUAAGACCCCAGACACCACUCGCCAAAAUGGGAUGCAGAAUGUUUUCUUAAUAGAUUUUAUUAUGCCAAUUGACCUAGAUGUCCCCUGAAACCAUGGUCCCCAGACCCCCGUCCCUGCUACUCUGGCCUUCGAAGUGUUCGAUUUAUUCAGGAAACUUCUUUGCUUUUGGUUUAGUCUGGUUAUCCAGCUGAUAUUUCUUGAUCUGGCAAGCUCUGAGUCCCAUUAUUAGGCCUUGAGCGAUCACACCCCUCUCAGAAUUAUUUCUAAGCCCAAUAACCAAAUUAGAAAUCAAAGAAGGCUCAGAGAAUUGCCAAAGGUAACAUUUAUGGGAAGACCUAUCCUGCCUGGGUCCUGUGAACAGUUAAUGUGCUUGGAUGCUAACUGAAAGGUUGGAGGUUCAAGUCCACUCAGAGGGACCUUGGAAGAAAGGCCUACUUCUGAAAAAUCAGUCACUGAAAACCCUAUAGAGCACCCAGUUCUACUCUGACACAGGGUUGCCAUGAGUCAGGAGUUGACUCAACAGAAACUGGUUUACCCCAUCUAGCACUGUACAAUACACUUGUAUGUGUGGUGUGUGUACACACACAUAUCUGGUUUCCUUUACUAAUGCUGACUGAACAGAAAAUUGUACAUCCUACCCAGCACAGCAUCAGACUUCAGGAUUCCUGCCUUAAGCGCAAGACUUUCUCUGUAGUAACCACUGCCUUUGUCUAGCUUCUGUUCAGGGGACGUCUGGUUUUGGGGGGCCUGAGCCUUUAGAAAGGUUAUAUUCUGUGAGGGUGACUUACUGGUUCUUCUGGACACACCCGUCUUGCUUCCCACACCCCAACUGUACCUUCUUCCCAGCUGAGCAAGAAAGAGUCUAGAAUCUUCAAAAACAGUGUGGCCAGUAUUGGGCUAGGGGAGGCCUGAAGCCCAAAGGGAGACCUGCGACAUUCUUGAUACCCCCAUGCCAGGCAAACCGUGGAGGCCGCUCAGCGUGGGGGCAGCGCCCCGAUAUUUGGCACAUCUUGUCUUCCUCAGGCACCGAGGCCUUUAAAAAUCCUGAGCUGAGUUGCCACGUGAGGAAAGUCUUUCUCCUCUCUUCAGGUCCAGGGUGCAGCCAUAUUUCCAUACGGAAAAUAAGGAACUCAAAGGCAACUGGCACGGUAACCGUCAGGCUCGUCCGGGCGCCGCGGGGACGGCCAC